UGUUCAUAACAACACACGAAUCACAUCAUUUUAACCUCUGACCUCGCUGAAUCAGGUCAAACUGCUGAGGAACGUGAGCUCGAGCUGCGCGCGGGAGAUUUACUGUUACUUUGUAGCGACUCCUGAGAGAAAACUCGUUCGAUCUGUUACAUUCAAACAGAUGAGGGAAUAUGAGUUCUCAUGCACGUGAUCCUGCAGAAGAUGUGCAGCACCAGCAGGUCACCCAGUCCACAAUCCUCCUCCUGCUCCAGGAGGCCACGAAUCUCGCUCCUCCCGCAGAUGACGGGAGCUUGAGUUCCGGAGCGUCGCGUGGAGAGAAUCCAGACAGCGGCUCACCCAUCCUCUCCGGCCCUCAAGACUCAGAGUUCACAGGCUCUUUCUCUAUAAUGCGAGAGUCUGACCGCAGCAGUGCAUGGGAAGUGAUGCGUCUGAUCAACCAGCAGUGCGAGCGGCUGCUUCAGUCCGGAGGUCCGGUUGAUCUCGACUCAUCAGACGGCACAGAGGGCGUUAUGCUGUCCAGACCUCCCGAGUGUCCUGCUGUUUCCUCCAGCAGCGUCCCAUCCAACGCAUAUUUCUCAGUUGCAGUCGUCUACAGCUCUGAGCCUGUGACCGAUGUGGAGGAAGUUAAAGAAAGCGAUGAUCUCGCUGAACUUAUAAAGACAAACAUGAGUGACGUCAGUGAAAAGUGUUUGACAGAAAACACAUCUGUCGAGUCCAAAGACGAGGGCUGUUCUGAUCAGGGCGAAUCUGUUGUACUGUGCACAGGAAGUGACUGUCCUCUUGACUUCACUUCCUGUUUAGUGUCUGAGCGAGAUACUGAGAGUGCGUGGCUCCCUCUGAACGCCUCUGAAAAUGCAUUUUCAUCACAGCCAGCUGACCUCAACAAUAAUCUCAUAGAGACGUCAUCAUGGGAUGCCCGCAGACGCACGCAGAGGAAACAGCCUCGUCCCGCCCGGAGCCCCGACCCGCAGGACCCUGAUGUGCAGGGCGUCACCUUCAGCAUGUAUCCGGAAGUGGACGGCGACACGCAUCAGAGCAGACUGAUCAUCACCACUAAUUACAGUGAGGAGAUCAGACGCUUGAGAAGGAGCAGGAGCAGCCGCUGCAGAUCUCACCAAACCUGCCAGAGGAGCAGCUGCUCUGAGGAGGAGAGCGACGCCUGCGGUCUGUCCAGGAUUAAGAUGUGUGCGUCCUGCUGUACGAGGAAGACUCCUCUCUGGAGAGACGCUGAAGACGGGACGCCCCUUUGUAACGCCUGUGGGAUCAGGUACAAGAAAUAUCGUGUGCGAUGUCAGAAGUGCUGGAACAUCCCGAAGAAGGAAGCAAACACCAACUCAAAGUGUCUGAAAUGCGGCGACGUCCUGAAGCUGAAGUGCAGCAGCUGGUAGGACUUUCAUUACCUCUUCACAUCUGCUGAAGCUCUCAGAUCUGAGCUUUCUGUGUGCUGAGAUGAACUUGUGACUCUUCAUCUGAAUGAACAGAGAGUCUGUUGUGAUUCAUGAGUCAAAUAACUGAAUCAUUCUCAGGGUCUGUUAUUGCGAACGGACUAAAGCUGUUCAGUUUGGUGCUGUACAUGACUAUUGAUUGUUCACUUAUUUAAUUUACCCAUUUUUCUUGUUUGUGACAUCAUAUUUAUUAAUGAACUUAUUUAUUGAUUAAUGUAUUUUUUUUGGUCACAGUCAUCUCUCUGAUUUGUUUUGUGGCUAUCUGAUGUGUUUGUGUUCAGAGGGUGUUCUGUGCUGGAAUGAAAUAUUAAAUUGUAUUUAUUA